AUGACAGUAGGUCUUAUUGGUCAGCCAGCACCUUCUUCUUCGCCGGGUACCUUCACCUUUGGAAUGAAUUGGGGUAUAGCAUAUGAGCUUCCAAACACAACAGAAACAGCUCGAUUCUACCACAAAAAAUAUAGAAAACCGGUUGCCCAAAGAAGAAGCAGGCGAGAACUCUACGAGAAGAUAGAACUGAUCCUUGAUAAUAUGGGCUACAGUGGUAGACAAUGUAUACUCAAGACACUUUGCGAAACAACCCAGCGCAUUGUCCCACAUAGCACAAACAUGGUGGAGGAGAUAUUCCGAACACUUUUUACAUUGCCGAUGACAAAACUAUUGAAAACAGAGCCUUUAGAACACACAAUAUACGACUCGGCGCAUCGACUUGGAGUUAUCUUGGAAAACUGCGAUAUAUAUAAAUGUCCUAUAUCACUCGUAGACUGGGCACAAGGAUACUAUAAUGCUCCAGCACCAAAAAUUGACACAGCAAGGAAUCCUUGGGCCUUAUUCAGUAGUAAUUUCGGUUAA